AUUUACAUGAAAGAAGAGGAGGCCGAAAGAUUACAGAGACAGUACGCUGCUGGCUUGAAAUCCAUGACAGUUUGGUUGGACAGAGCUGAGAAGUUAUUGAAAGAUCCUAUAGAUUGUACAUAUAAGGGGUUGAAAGAACUUGUACAGGACUUAGAUGACAUUAGAGACCAAGAGCACGUCCAGGAGGAAAUAUUCAAAGACAUAUCAAAAGUUGCCCAAUCUCUUGUCAAAAGCUGUUCACCAACAAGAGUGGAUGCGAAUGUUGAACACCUUGAAACGCGUGAAGCAGAGGAUUGUCAAUGUCCGUGACCAGGUGCCGAAGAAACAGAGUGCCUUGCAAAAGAUAAUGCCAUUAGUGCAGAAGUGGGAAGAUGGAAUUAAAGAUGUGGAGGAAUGGAUGGAAGAGGCUGAUACAUUGAUGAGUUCACAUGUAUUGGAUGGAAACAAAGAUAGAACGAAAGCUAGACUUCAUCAGCAUCAGGAGUUCUUCCGAGAUGCUCCUCACUAUGACCAAGUGAUGGAGAGUAAGAAUAAGUUAUGUGAUGACAUAAGCAAAGGUCAUGGUGGUGCUAUAGAUACCUCACAGCUGCAAAACAAGAUGACUCGACUUAAUGGACAUUUCCAGAGCAUUAUGGGUAAUGCCCAAAGCUGGGAGAAGAAAUUUACUGGUAGUCUGGACCUUUGGACUAAGUACUUGUCAUCACUUACUGACAUAGAACAAUGGAUUGAGGCAUCACAGGCUGUCCUCAAAGAUAAAAAUGAUAAUAUAGAACACCUCAUAGAAAAACAUCAAGAUUUUUUUAAUAAUGUUGAUCAAGAUAUUCUAGAGAAUUUUCUCAGGGCUUCUAGAGAAUUAUUACAUGCUAUGCAAGAUGAUGAAAGACCUGAAGUAAAACAAAAAAUGACAUCCACGCAGGCCAAGUGGAAGGAUGUGAUGUACCAGUCUCCUAUGAGGCUAAUAAAUCUCAGGUUUAAGUUAGCAGAAGAACAUUUAUUAGAUAGCAUAGACAGUGCUGAGAAAGAAUUAAAUGAAGAAGUUAAAGAUAUGAAUGGAAACAAAAAAAUGCAAGACAUUUUACAACAACAUACAAGAUUUUUUCAUGAGACAAAUUUCUUUAAGAAUGGUAUCCAGUGUUUGCAAGAGAUGGAAAGCCUUAGCAAUCAGUUGACAGCCUAUCGAGCUGAAGAUACCUCUUUACGAGAAUUACACGACUUACGCCACCGACAAUGGAAAGAACUAUGCAAUAAUAUUGAUGAUAUCCAUCGACAGUUACAUGAUUGGCCUGAAAAAUGGAAAGACUAUUAUACAAGGUUCCAUGCAGUAUCAAAAUGGAUGGACAGUGUUGAUGAUUCCGUUUCUGCUCUUAAAAAAGCUGCAGCAUAUGAUGAAUUCAAGGUUAUUCAUGAAAAAUUUCAGGCAAUCAGCCAAGACAUCAAGAGACACCAUGACGAUACACAGUGGUUAGUGAACACAUUUACAGACCUUUCACAAAGCUGUACCGAGGAUGAAAUGAUGACUGAGGAUAAAAAGCUUGCAGCACUUCUAAAUAGACAUAAACACCUCCUUCCCAAAAUAGAACUUGUCAGGGUAGAGGCUAAGGUUGUUGAGGAGUGUUUUGAAUAUCAGACGGUUGUCAUGACAACCAGAACAUGGCUGAAAAAGAAGAGGAAGAGGAUGACAGAGGUUCCUCCUGCGGAUAGUUUAGAAAUUGCCAAGGAGCAGCUGAAGGAACAUCACACUCUGAUUGAAGAGCUGGAUAGCGGCAAAGACAAAGUACAUGAAGAACUGAAGAAAGGCAAAGAGUUGCAAAGACAAGAAAGUGCUCCUAACUUUUUAAGAGAAGAUGUCAGUGGGUUGGAGGAGGAGUGGAAAGAUACAAAUGCAGAGGCUCACCAGAGAAAGCUCCAACUAGAGGAAGAGUACGAUCUCUGGGAUGAAUAUGAAACAGAGAAGGGCAUUGUGUUGGAUUUCUUGAACAAAACCGAACCUCAAAUGGAGAAAAGAACCCAGCCCAACGGACUGGAAAGUGUUAGGACAGAUCUCAAUGAAAAAGAGGAUCUUCUUGAAGCUCAACAAGCCCUCUCUCCAACUCUAUCAAAAGUUAAAUCCACCAAUGCCAAGCUACAAGAUGUGGCACCAGAAGAUCGUAUAUCCAGUCUCCAUGAUGAAGUAGUAGACAUGGAGAAGCGAUAUAAACUAUUAAAUACAAAACUUAGCAACAAAGUCAGUAAUCUCACCCAACAGGAGAACAAUUGGGUAGUCUACUAUGGUCGACUUGACAAAUUCUCUGAUUGGCUGCAAGGUACGGAGAAAAGAUUUGAUGAGGUCAUCAAAGCAGAAGGCACGCCAGAGGAGCAUUUCAGUAAAGCCAAGGUGAUGUUUUCUGAAAUUUAUGACAACUAUGAAGACUUAGAAAAUCUUGAGAAAGAUGGAAGAGACCUUGGACAAGGCUUCAAGACAAAAGAGACUUCAGUCCUAAAAAGAAGACUUUCAGACUUGAGAAGCAGAUGGGAAGAACUUUGUUCCCGAGCCAAAGCCCAGAGUACACAGUUAGCUGACAAUGUCACCCAUUGGCAGCUCUAUCAGAACUCCACACAGCAGCUAUUGCCAUGGUUAGAGAGGACAGAGGCAAGGAUUGCCGAGACUACAAAUAACUGCUCAUCACCUAUUGAGGUGCAAGCUUUAAUUGAUGACCAUGAUGUUGUGUGCAAAGAAAUCCAGGAUAACAGGCAGGUCAUGGCCACAAUUGAGAAUGAGGUUAAACAAGUAUCUUCCCAGCAUAACAUUAGUGAAGAUGUGAGAGAAAUUAAACAACGAUGGAAGGCAUUACUGAAAAAUGCUGAUGACAAGGGACAUACACUACAGGACUUAUUGGCACAGUGGUCCAAAUUCAGUGAAGAUUUGGCAGCCUUUCAGAAGUGGCUGGAAAAGACUGAAAAAAUCGUCAAAAAGGAGAAUAUUGAUUCAGCCAGUACACCGAAAUUAGAAUCGCUUCUGUCUGUUUUCAAAAAAUUGCAGCAAGAGGUAAAAGAUGCUAAACCUAAGCUAGAUGAAUUCAAUGUCCUCAAGGAAAGUCUGUCAUCUCAAUGCAAUGCCAUGGGUGUAGAAAACAUGAACCGAGGAACCAAGAAUGUCCGAAUCAAAUACAACAAAGUUAAAAACAAACUUGGUGACACUAUAACGACCAUUAUCACAGCUGUCAAUGUAAGAAGAGAGUUCAUGUCCAGACUGGAGAUCACUGCUAAUCAGUUGUCUGAGUUUCAGAGUCGAUUAGAUGCACUUAGUGAGGUGUACUCGGAUGAUUUACCAGACUCUCAAGAAGCACAUAAUAACGUCAGAAGUGAUAUAGAUGAUCUAAAGGCUGUCACUAUUCGAAUCGGCAAAGAGGUGAGAGAUUUGAUACUUGACAUGGGUCCUGAAGAGUCUCAAGUACUGCAACAAAAAGAAGCGAACAUCCAGAAAACCUACGCAAGUCUUGUAGAGACUUUGGACAAGCGUGAUCAGUUACUGAAACAGUGGAUAGAAUUCCAAAAAGAUAAACAAGACAUUGCUAGUAAAUUAGAUAACAUGCAAUCUCAGCUGGAAUCUGAGGAACCUAACGAGGCAGAAAUCGAGAAAUGUAAGGAUGAGCUGGUCUCUGUGAAAUCUGUUUUGAAUACUUUAGGUGGGCAGUGUAGCGACAUGGACAAACAGGUACAGCAGCUACAGCUAUCUCCCAAGGACACUAAAACGCAGGCACGUGUGUUCUUCAAAGUCGAGUUACAGAGUUUACUGACCCAGUAUGAGACCCUUAUGGUGCUGGUACAACAGAAGAAAGACAGAUGCGAACAAAAGGCUGGCAUGUGGAAAGUCUACCAAGAGAGAAAGCAUAGGUUCUUAAACUGGGCUGGCGAUGUGGAAAUAAAAGCUGAGUCACACAAAUCAACUACCGUCUCUCCGGAUACAUUAAAACAACAACUGAAAGACCUAGAGAAACUGCAGGUGGAGGUUGCGGCUCACCAGCAUGAGGUAGCCCAGGUGAAGGAGAAGGCGCAUCAACUGAUUCAAACUGACCCACAGAACAGCGACACCUUGCAGUCUGACAUUCAAAACAUAGACACCAAAUGGGAGAAAGUACAGGCAUUAGUACAUCAACAAAUCAAAGAGUCUAAAUCAAUACUGACUUUAUGGUUAGAGUACAAUGAUAACUCCAAUGGGGUUGGUCGUGUAUUGAGUAGUGUUGAGGCUGUUACAGCUGAGCCACUCACCAGUUCAAACUCAGAAGAUGUCCGUAGACAGAUGACCAGACAUGAGAUCGCUGAAGCAGAACUCGCUAGUGCUAAAGACCAGUUAGACAAACUGAACCGAGUUGGUGACCAGUUGAUGACUGAAGUAGAAGCUGCUAAAGGAGUCAAACCAAGUGAGAUUGAGGAUGAUGUGCAGAGAAGUAAUCUAAGAUAUGCGGUGGUAGCAGAGAGACUGGAUUCUAGGAAAGAAAACCUGGCUGAUCAACUAUCAGUUCUUGAUAGUUUGACUGCAUCCAGGGAGGAGUUAGCCACAUGGUUGCAUAGCUCACAGUCUGAUCUCAGUGCUGCACCAAAUCAGUUCUCUGACAGUAAUGCUGUGGAACAGAGACUUAGCAACUUCCGUGAUCAACUAGCUGAAAAGGAAUCCUCUCUUAAUGCCAUGAAGGCUAAAUUGACUGAAUUAAAGAGAUUGAAUCCGGAUGCCGAUUAUCCUGAAUUAGAAGCAGCAAUAGCACAGAUGGAAAGAGAAUUAGCCCAAGCCAAACAGCUUGCCAAAGACCAGGAGAUGGGUUUGCAUGAACUCACAGUACAAAAAGCAGAUCUUCAAAAUGUUGUAGAAGGAUUGAAAGAUUGGCUUGAUAGGACAGAAGAUAGAUUGGGAUCCUGUGAAGAUAAUACUAAACCUGAUGGCAAGGUGGUACAACAGCUCAAAGAAUGCAGGAAAACCAUUGAUGACUUGCGUGCACAUCAGCCUAAUGUGGAUGGAGUUCAGAGUAAACUACGCAACAUGUCUGGUAAAUACCCAGCAACUGAUUUAGUUAACGUACAACAAGAGAUUGCUGUAGUGGCAAGAAAACAUGAUGAACUCAAACACAGAGGAGCUAAGAUCCAAGAUUCUCUGGAGACUACUUUACAGCAAAGAUAUAAAGAUGCAAGCCAGGAAUAUUCCAAGUGGAUAAAAUCAGCAAAGUCUUCAUUACACAGUUGUGCUGAUACAUCUGGUGAUAGAGCGUUCAUUGAAACUAAAUUGGACAAACUUAAUGAUCUGGAUGCAAACAUAGAAGAAGGUAAAACUAAGUUGAGCAACUUAAACAACAAGGGAGAUCACCUGUGGCCAACUUUACCUGAUCCCAAACAAGAAACCAUUAAGCAUGAACUAGCUCUUGCCAAUGAAGAAUUCAAUAAAUUGACAUCUGAUUUGCUAACAUGGUUGGAUAAGUUAGAAGAGUGUGCUGAUCUUUGUCAACAAUUUGAAGAAUCAUUUGAUGAGUUGUCAAAUUGGAUGAAAACAGCUGAUGAAACACUCAAGUCACAAGCUGGUCCCAAGAGAGAUUUGGGACAAAAAGAAGACCAGCUUGAAGAUUUCAAGAGCUUAGACCAUGACAUUACAAAGAAACAACCUUUGGUGGAUCUUGUGAAAGAAGGAGCUGAAAGCCUCACUGAAGUCAGUUCCACUAAUGCUAAAGUUGUUAGUCAGGUUGCCCAAGUAACCAAUACCUACAAUAUGCUGGCUAAAAAAGUUAAGGAUAUGAUGAGACAAGCUGAUGAGAAUGUACAUGAUCACCAAGACUACCUGGACAGUACUAGUGAAUUUUCCAAUUGGUUACUGGAAAUGAAGGAAGAUUAUGCUAAAUGUGCGGAACCAACAGGUGAUAGACAAACAUGCCAAACUAAACUGGAACAGUUAAAGACACUGCUUGGUAAGAAGGAGGAAGGUCAGAUAAAACUCAACGUUAUAGUGAAUCAAGUACACAAAGUACUACCACACACAUUACCAGAAGGCAGAGAAAUCAUCAAAGAUGACUUGAAAUCCAUGAAGGAGGAAUGGGAAGCUUUGAUGAAUGAUGUUGCUGAAUCUAGAGGCAGGUUAGAGGCCAGUUUACAGCAAUGGGGUACUUAUGAAGACAGCUAUAGACAGAUAUGUGAGUGGUUGGAUGAUAUGGAGUCAAGGUUGCAAAGUGAUGCCGAACUUAAAGACGAUCUACAUGACAAGAAACUACAGUUGGAAAAAUUGAAGUCAUUACAACAAGAUAUUCUGGCUGACAAACCAAUUAUGGAUGCCUUUGUGAUGAAGGCACAGGAGAUUCAACAAACCAGCACAACUCGGGAUCAGUCAAUCGGUAGACAUGCAUCUGAAGUGGAAAACAGAUACCAGAAUGUUUCUGCUAAAACUAAAGAACGUCUGAAAGAGCGGGAACAUUACGUUCAUGAGCAUGAGUUGUACAGUACUGCACUGCAGGACUUUACUGAGUACUUCAAGUUAACCAAAGACAGAUUUAACACAUGUGCUGAUCUCUCUGGUGAUAAGAUUGUCAUGGAAACAAAGUUACUCAAAGUACAGGAGUUACUGUCAAAGAGGCACCAAGGCCAAAGUAAACUGAACAAUCUUACAGAAUGUGCUAGCGAUGUGAGACCCCACACGGCACCAGAAGGUCAAGAAAAGAUCAGUAGGGAAAUGGAUAAAUUACAGAAAGACUGGGCCAUGUUGAUCAGCCAGAUGCAGGAUUCUCGGAGUAAUCUAGAUUCUUGUCUGGAACAGUGGAAUAACUACGAAGACCGGUAUGACCAGUUAGCCAGAUGGGUGAGACAAGCAGAGGAAACGUUGAAAUCCUCAUCUGAGUUACAGCCAGGAUUGAAAGAAAAGAAAUUACAGCUUGAAAGAUUCAAGAGUCUUGAUCAAGAGAUUAUUUCACAACAAAUCCAGAUUGAACCUAUUUGUGAUGAAGCCCAACAGAUAGUGCAAGCUAAUGCUGCUGAGAUCACUGUAGGAAACCAAGCUUCCCAGUUAUUAUCAAGAUACGAGGGACUUCAAAUCAAUUCAAAGGAGACUUUAAAGAGACUAGAAGUACACAUAGAUGACCAUCAACAGUUUAUUGAUGCCAUACAGGAAUUCAACACCUGGUUACAGGAUGCUAUACACACAUUACAUAAUAAUUCUAUUGUAUCUGGUGAUAGAGCUGACCUGGAAAAGAAAAUUGCUGUUAUCAAGGAGCUGCAAACUGAGAGAGCACAUGGACAAGAGUUGCUGAACCAGACAGUGGACAGAGUACAUAAAAUAUUGCCACACACAGCUCCAGCUGGUAGAGAGUAUGCCAAACAACAGUUACAGACUGCAAAAGAAGACUGGGAGAAGUUUCUUUCAGAGCUGAGUGAAGCUAAGGGAAACCUAGAAACAUCUCUGUUGCAGUGGCACAGUUAUGAAGACAAUUAUGACCAGAUAUUGAAGUGGUUGACGGAAACAGAACAGAGUCUGUCGCCUGAAACUACCUCUCAACUUUAUUCUGACUUAAAUGGAAAGAAAUCACAUCUUGAAAAGUAUAAGGCAAUACAACAAGACAUUGUUGCUCAUCAAAGCAUUACUGAUGCAGUCACUCUAAAAGCUCAGAGUAUUCUUGAAACCAAUGUUGGUGAAAUAAAUGUUGGACAUCAGGUCUCUGAACUCUCCAGUAGAUAUCAAACUGUAUCUCUGGCAGCAAAGGAUGUUGUGCAAGACACAGAGAAAAAAGUGCAUGACCACUCAGUUUAUGUUGACAAUGUACAAGACUUCUCAGACUGGCUGCUAUCAACAAAGCAGAAACUGGCAACUUGCUCUGAACCUUCCGCAAGUAAAACUGCAAAUGAAGAGAACCUACGCAAACUGGCGGAUCUACUGACAUCAAAACAGCAGGGCCAGAGUAAAUUUAACAAUGUAUUGGAGACUGGUGAGCACAUCCUGUCACAGACUGCACCAAGUGGUAGAGAAAACAUCAAAACGGAAAUGAUCACCUUGAAACAAGAAUGGGAUAAAUUGGUCACUGAAAUUGCUGAAACUAAAAACAAGCAAGAGGCAUCAUUACAGCAGCUGAAUAAAUUCCAAUACAGUUAUAAUCAGCUGUCUAAAUGGCUCACUGAUGUGGAACAACAACUGAAAAUUGCAACAGAACUUCAACCAGGUUUAUCAGAGAAACGAAGGCACUUAGACAAAUACAAGGCUUUGAAUGACAAUAUUGGUGCUCACAAAAGUACCCUUGAUAGUAUAAUUGCAAAGUCACAAGAAAUCAAAGAUAUUUCCACCGGUGAUGUCACUGUGAUUAAUGAUGUAGCUAAACUGUCAUCACAGUAUGAAUCAGCAGUUGUCAAAACUAAGGAUAUCUUGCGAAGACUCGAGCAAAAUGUUGUUGAACAAAAGCAGUAUGAUGAAUGUGUGGUUGAAGUCAGGAAAUGGUUUGAAGAGGCUGAACAGAAACUAGAAGACUGCAAUAACACAGCUGGCAGCAGAAAUGUUCUAGAACACAGACUGACUGAUGUGAAAAAUCUCCUAGCUAUUAAGCAUGUUGGCCAAAAGAGACUGGAGCUGGCUGUCAGCGAAGGAGAAAAGAUUAUCCCACAGACUGCUGAAGGAGCACAGGGAAGAGGAGUCAUCAGAGAGGAGAUUGAUGCAUUGAAAAGGAAAUGGGAUAGUCUGAAUAACCAGAUGAGUCAAUGUAAAGAUACUCUUGAGAAAUGUGUACAUGAGUGGGAGGUGUAUGAUUGUAACUAUGAAAUGGUUCUCAGAUGGCUAAAAGAUAAAGAGGAAGCUUUGAAGAGCUCAACUGAACUUCAACCCACAGCAUCAGAAAAGAGCAACCAACUAGAAACUUACAAGGAAUUGCAACAUGACAUCACAGGUCACCAUGACAACUUGCAGAAAGUGAUGGAGAGUGUUGAACAAAUCCUAGCCUGUAAUCCAGAUGAUGCCAGUAUUAGUAGUCAGUCUCAACAAAUCCAGUCAAGGUAUCAGGAUGCAGAAGAUACUGUCAAGGAAGCCGUUAAGAGGAUAGAUAAGAACCUAGCUGACCAUCAGAGAUUCAAUGAUAAUGUACAGGUUUGCAGAGACUGGUUAACUGAUAUGAAACAGAGACUAUCUGGUUGUCUUGAUUCAUCAGGGGAUAAAGAAACCAACCAAGAAAAGCUCAACAAUAUACAGGAGCUAAUGUCUAGAAUACCGGAAGGAGAAGCCAAAUUACACUCUACACAGGAACAAGGAGACAAAAUACUCACCCAGACAGCACCAGCUGGAAAACAAGCAAUAAAACAACAAGUGCUUGUACUGAAGCAAGACUUUGACAAUCUGUUGAAGCAGAUGCAGGAAUCUACAUCCACGCUUGAAGCUAGUCUAGUACAAUGGGGUAGUUAUGAAGACAGUUACUCAGAGCUGUCACGGUGGUUACAAGAAAUGGAGGGCACAUUACUCAGUGGUUCUGAAUUGAAACCCAGUCUGGAUACAAAGAAGACUCAUCAUGAGAGAAUCAAGGCUGUGCAUGAUGAGAUCAUUACUCAUCAAGGGGACAUUGAUGCUCUGAAUAAUAAAGCUCGUCAGAUUCUUGACACUAACGUUGGUCAUGUCAGUGUUGGCAGUGAUGCCACCAAGAUAACAACUCAGUAUCAGAAAUCACUUAUGGAUGCUAACGAAUUUCUGAGAAAGGCAGAGACCAAUGUAUUGGAACAUCAACAAUAUCUUGAUGCCGCCCAGGACUUUGUACUAUGGCUGAAUGCCACCAAAGCCACACUUGCUCGCUGUACAGAAGUUGCUGGUGAUAAAGAUACCAUGGAAUCCAAUCUACACAGAUUACAGGAGCUGAUCCCACAUAAACACAAGGGUCAGACUCUACUGAACACCACAGUGAGCAGGGGAGAACGAAUCCUACCACAGACUGCAGAACCUGGUCAAGAAGACAUCAAGAAACAACUACAAGAAUUACAAAAUGAAUAUGACAAGUUAGUUAGAAACAUGAAUGAAUCAAAACACAGUCUAGAACAGAGUCUGUAUGAGUGGAAAGGAUAUGAUGACAUCCAUGAUCAACUAGCAAAGUGGUUGAAUGAAACACAAGAAGUAUUACACUCUUCAUCAGAAGUCAAAUCAGGACUGUUGGAUAAGAGAUCACAACUUGACAGAUUCAAGAGUAUGCAGCAAGAUAUUCUUCUGCACAACUCUGAUAUUGACAUGGUCACGGCUAAAGCCCAGCAGAUACUUGAUAAGAGCACUGAGAGUGUUGCUGUUGCUAGUCACGUCGCUGAACUCUCAAGUCAAUAUCAACAAUUGGUUUCCCUGUCUAAGGAUGCUGUAAAGAAGAUUGAUAAGGAUGUAUCUGAACAUCAGCAGUAUCAAGAUAGCAUGCAGGACUUCAUGGCAUGGCUAAACAAUGCUAAACAAAAAGCAAUGAAUUGUUCUGAACCUACAGGUGACAAGGAAAGCAUCAGAAACAAACUCCAUCAAAUAGAGGAUCUACUAGCUGCCAAACAACAAGGUCAGUCUAAACUGAACACAGUAACAGAUAAAGGGGAGAAGGUAAUCCCCAACACGGCAAUCGCUGGAAAAGAAUCCAUUAAACUACAGUUGCAGAUUGCAAAGCAAGAAUGGGAAAAUCUAAUAAAGAAUUUGACUGAAGCGAAGGCAAGUUUACAAGAUUGUGUGUAUCAGUGGGGUAACUAUGAGGAUAACUAUAGUCAGUUGGUUGUUUGGAUGACAGAGACAGAAGAUUCACUGAAAGGCGGUGAUGAACUUCAGCCAGCUCUCAUUGAGAAGAAAGUACAUGCAGAUAAAUACAGGACAAUUUAUGAAGAGAUCCUUGCUCAACAGCCUGUUGUUGAUGAUAUUGAUGAUGAAGCACAACAAAUCAUGGAGAAAAAUACUGGUACUUUAACUGUUGGUAGUGACGCUAGUAGACUAACUACUAGAUAUCAAACCUUGGUCUUGAAUGCUAAGGAACUUGUGCGUAAAUGUGAACAGAAUGCUUUAGACCACCAGAUUUACAGCGACGCCGUAAAGGAGUUCCGUAAUUGGAUGACACCGGCUAUGAAAGCUACCAUCGCAUGCCGAGACAGCACUGGAGAUAAAGCUAGUCUGGAGGCCAGAUUACACAAAUCAAGGGAGCUUGUAUCAAGUCGGCAAAGAGGACAAAGUCUACUACACUCAUUAACCACCAAAGGUGAGCGAGCACUCCCUCACACCGCAGACCCUGGUAAAGAGAGAAUCACCACAGAGCUACAGAAUAUGAAGGAAGACUGGCAGAAUUUUAUUACUGAGAUCAAUGAAGCCAAGGGACAACUGGAGAAUUGUGUACAGAAAUGGCAUCAAUACGAAGACAGCUGUAAGGAAAUAUCAACAUGGCUGAAAGACACAGAGGAGACUCUACAGAUGGACCCUCAGCCUAAAAAUGAACUUGGUGAAAAGAAAGCACAGCUUGAUAAAUAUCAGACUCUCCAACAAGAAGUGCAAGCCUACCAGACAUCGUUAGAAAGUCUAGACGAACAGGCACACCAGUUGAUGGAAUUAACAGGAGACAGAUCCGUUAGUAGCCAUGCCACGGCGCUAAGAACCAGGCAUGAAGCAAUGGCUGCGACUCUGAAGGAUGUUGUUAGAAGGAUUGAGCAGGCUGUGAGGGACCACCAACAGUACUACAAUGCUUUGCAGGCCAUUACAGAUUGGGUGAAUAAAACAAGACACACGUUGACUGUGCAUUCAGAUGCUGGUGGUGGAAAACCAAUGCUGGACGCAAGGCAUAAACAAUUACAGGAGCUUUUAUCAAACAAGUCCCAGGGUGAAGCCAAGCUGAGGACAGCCUAUGACUGUGGUGAGAGAGUACUGCCUCUUACGUCAGCUAGUGGCAAGCAGAAUAUCAGUAAACAGUUAGAGGCAUCCAAGCAAGACUUUGACAAUCUGAUGGAACAGAUUCUGGAAGCUGUCAGGAAUAUGCAACAGUGUAUUGACAAGUGGAACCAGUAUGAAGAUAUUUACGAUGACUUACUGAAAUGGUUGAGUGAAAUGGAAAAAACAUUGAAAGAUGAACCAGAAUUGAAGAAGGAUUUGACAGAAAAGAGGCAACAACUCAAGGAGUAUAGGAUAUUGGAUGAGGAUAUUAAAAGCCAUCAUUUGGUUAUCCAAACCACAAAUGAAAGAGCACAGGAUGUGUUAGAAAGUAGCUCUGGAGAUGAGAGUGUUACAAGUCACAUGUCUGAACUCCGUACAAGAUAUCAAUUCCUUAUUAAUACAGCCCAGGAUGUGUUAUUGCGUCUAGAGAAGGGCGUGGCAGACCACCAGAAAUAUAAGAACACACUUGAAGAUUGCCAUGUGUGGUUAGAACAAGCCAAGCAAAGACUGGAAGAAUGCCAGGAGAUAUCUGGAGAUAGAGCAACUAUUCAAGAGAAACUAGAAAACGUCCAGGCACUGUGUAUUAUGAAUAAAGAAGGUGAUGCAAAGAUCAAAAGCACAGUGACUCUCGGCCAUCAGAUCAUGCCUCAGACUUCUGAACUUGGCAGAGAGAUUAUUGAAUCCGAAUUACAAGCACUCCAACACAACUGGGAUGACUAUGCUGCAAACCUACGCAGCACAAUGAGCAAUUUGGAGCACAGUCUUCAACAGUGGACUGAUUUUGAAGACAACUUUGCAGGUAUUUUCAAAUGGCUAGCUGAAAAGGAGAAGUUCCUGGAAUCUGAGCCCGAUAUUAAAACAGAACUCUCUGAGAAGAGAACUCAGUUGGAAAAAUACAAGGCUGUGUAUGAAGAUGUCAUUGCCCACCAGCCCACCAUUGAGAGUUUAAAUUUAAAAACCAAAGAAAUUUUAGAAAGUAAUGUUGGUGAUACAGAUAUUAGAAGUCAUAUGACAACACUGACCGCUAGAAACCAGUCUGUAAAUAUCAGAGCUCAGGAACUUCUGAAACAUCUUGAAAAAGGCGUCUCAGAACACCAACAGUACCACAAUGCUUUGCAAGAAGAAGAGAAGGCUCUGCUGAACAUUUCACAUAGACUGACAACUCAGAAUGUACUACAAGAUGAGAGUAUGGAGACAACUCAAGAACAGCUAGAACAACACCAGGCAUUGAUGCGAGAGCUCAGCGAUGUCAACACCCGACUGGAAGCUAUCAGUGCUAAAGGAAAGCAUCUGCUUGAUAUCAAUCAAGGCUCUCCCAAACUUGCCAAGCAAGUUGAGUCGCAGUUAGGUAGUUUGAGAGAGAGUUAUGACGCUGUGAGUAACACAGCUAAACAGAUACAGAGAAAACUUGAAGAGUCGUUGCAUAAACACAAAGCCUAUCAAGAUGCCCUACAGGAGUGUAAGUUAUGGUUGGAUGGCACCAAUGAUUUCCUUGGUGACAAUGACGAAGUAAGCACUGCAGACCUAGCCAAUGCCCAGCAACAACUACAGUCACAUCAAGUUAUCCAGGAUAAGUGUGUAGUUCAUCGGAAUAUCAUAGAAAGUGCUGCAAGUAAUGCUGAUGUGACAGAUGGAAGAGAAAGCAAAGAUGUUACCAUUGCACAGCUUUCUGAUCAAGUUAAUACCAGGCUUAUUACUGUCUCUGAGAGGGCUGAUUUGAGAGUAGACAAACUGAAAGACAUCAUCAGAAAAUGGAGAGAUUUUGAGAAAUCCAAGACUGAUAUGAAGUAUUGGUUACAAAGUAUUGAAAGUACCUUACAAUCUGAAUUGAAACGACCUGGUGAUGUUACCAUAGCAACAGCUCGGUCACACGCUGCUGAAGUACAGGAACUUGCCAAACAACUUCACUCCAAGCAAGCUGUGGUUUCCGAAUUGAAAACUAAACAUGACACUCUGACAUCCACAUCGGACCCUGAACUUGAGAGCUUCAGUGAAAAGCUUGAUCAACUAGGUGCCUUGGCAGAUCAACAAGCAACAAAGCGUAAGGAUGAAUUUGAAGAAACAGAGAAAUACAACUUGCUGUGUGAUGAGGUUGAUGAGUUUUUACAGAGGAUGGCAAGAGAGAUUGAUGCUUUGGAUCAAGAUGUUGAUACUCCCACCGACCAGAAAUUAGAAAAGGCCAAGAGACAUUCUGCUGGUCUUAGUAGCCGUAAAGAAAGUAUUGAAAGUUUACAUUUACAUGGUGAUCAGAUGUGUACAUACUGCAGUAGUCCUGACCAAGCUAUUGUAGAAGAACAUCUCAGGCAAGUACAAGAGCGAUAUGAUAGCCUACAUGAUAGGACAAAGAGGAAGGUUCAGGCUGUGGAAGUUGUACUCUUAGAUUACCGCACUUUAGUAGAGAGGGUUCAAGAAUUCUUGGGAUGGCUAGGAAAAACAGAAAGGCAUAUGACGUCUCAGGGACCUCUCAGUCCUACCAUAGAAGAAGCUGAAAAUCAGCUGCAACUACACACUGCAAUGUGCAGUGAAUUAGAGAGCAGGAGAGCUAUAGUAGACAGCAUCAGUGGACAGGGUGAUGCCAUCUAUCGUGGUCUCAGUCGUGGUGAACAAGAACACAUCAAAAGACAUGUGGACAAUGUGAGAAAACAACUGAGUCUGGUGGAAGAAUUGGCUGAUAAUAGAAAGAAGAGUCUUAAGAAGAGCGUUACAGAUCGUGAGGAAUACCAUAAAAGGAUACAGAGUUGUCAUGAUUGGAUGGAUGAGAUUGAAUCAUCCGUGCUUACUGAUGAGCAGCCCCGACUCCAUGCUGUAGAUGUCGAGGAGCAGCUACAAGAAAUUAAAGAGAUUGCAGAAGCAAUCGAUGACCAUAAACCUCAUGUACUUGAAGCCAUUUCUAUUGGAAGGUUGCUUAUAGUUGAGGGUAGCGAGGAGGACCAAGAGACUCUGGAAAAAGAGCUACAAGAUGUGCAAUAUCGAUUUGAUAAGGUCACCAGGAGAUGUCAGGAGAAACAGCAUGCUCUGGAAGAUGCCUUGGAUAAGAGGAAGAGUAUCCAUGGUGACAUAGAGAAAGUCACAACCUGGAUGAAACCAGCUGAAACCAAACUUGGUGAUACCAUCAAACUUAACUGCCCUAUUGAGAGGAUAGAAGGACAACUGAGACAACAUCAGUCUAUCUGUAAUGAUAUUAAAUUUUAUGAGGGCUUGGUUGGAUCAAUUCAAAAGCAAGGUGAACACAUACUGCCUGAAUUGAAUGAGAGUGAUAGGAAUACAUUUGAACAACAACUAGACAGUCUACAAAAGCAGUGUGAAAGGGUAUCCACUACAGCCAAUGAUAGGAAACAUGAAUUAGAGACAGCCUUGGCAGAGAGGAAAAAAUACGAAGUUGAUGUUAAAGAGUGUGAUAAAUGGUUGCAAGAUUCAAUCAAAAUGGCCAAGACAAUUGACCAGCCGGUUGGACAUACACUGGAUGAUGCACAGGAACUCCUUCAAAAAUACCAUGAGUUACAAGCACAGUUGGCCACACAUCACGCAGACAUUGAAUCUCUUAACACAAAGAAAGAGCAUAUGGCUAAGAGUGGACAGGCUACAUCAUCUGGAGAUGUCAUGAGAAUCAACAACACUUACGAUGACUUGAACAAACAGCUUGAAAAGAAAUGUGCUGAACUGCAGAGAGCUGUCCAAUCUAGAGAACAAUUUACGGAAGGUACCCAGGAUAUUGAAAAAUGUCUUGAGGAGUGCUAUGCUGGUAUUUCUAAGAUAGAACAGCCUGGAUUGACAGCUGAGGAAAAACUUGAACGUUACCAGACCUUAGCACAAGAAUUAAAAGCGAAACAUGCUGCACUUGGCCUCUUAAGCGGACAUGGACAACAGAUCAGUAGUGAAGGUAAUGAAGCGGACAGGCAGCAAGUUGCUGACCAGCUGGCAAAAUUACAAAACAAUUUGGAAGCAGCCUUAUCAAAGAUCGAAGAAAAACAACGAGAGAACGAGAAAACCUUGGAAGAAAAGAAAGCAGCUAAAUCGCAGAUUACCAAAGCAUUGGAAUGGUUGCAACAAGCACAGAGUGUUGCCAUUAGUGAUGAAUCUAUACCAUUGGAUAUACAUUCAUCUAAAGAAGCACUCCAAAAACAACAGGCACUGGAGAAUGAAACUGAAAAAGAGAUACAGAGGUUGCAACAACUAUCCGAUUCCAUCCGUGCAAAGUUUGCUGAACUUGGAGAAGAGAUUCCACCAGAAGUACAAGAACAGUUAGAUGCCAUUGAGAAGAAACAAAUGCAAUUGCGAACAUCUAUGAAGGAGAAACAAGCUGCAUUGGAAUCUGGCAUUGCGUUGAGAGAAAAAUACCAAAAAGCUGUUGACGAUGUUGCUUUGUGGCUGGAUAAAGCAAAUCAGAAACUACAUGAAGGACAAGAUGGUGCAGACUAUGAGAAUCUACCAAUCGCUCUUGAGGACCAUAAGGAAUUCUUCCGAGAUGAAAAUGGCUGCCAUGACAAAAUGGAUGAAGCUGUUGAGCUGGCGAAGAAGAUUUCGGUUUCCUUGGCGUCUGAAGAGAAGGAUGUAAUGAAGGAUAAGCUGAAUACAUUGAAUACUGAGUUGACUCGUGUUCUAGCUGCAGCCGUGGUAAAGGAAGAGAAAUUACACCAUUAUACCGAGAACUGGGAAACAUUCCAAGCUGAAGUGAUAUCAACGAGAGAAGCUAUUGAGGUUGUUGCUCAAAAGUGUGUGACUUCCAUUGAGCCAUCUAUAGAAGGGGCUAAACAGGCUUUAGACCAGCAUGGGUUAUAUGUAUCAGAACUGAAAAUAUACGAGGACCCCGUUGAAGUUCUAAAAGGUAAAGCCAGCAAACUGAAAGAUGAAGGCAGCAAACUUGGAAAAGAAUCUGUUGAGAAGAAACUGAAGGAAAUCCAAGAACCGUGGAAUAAACUGAAUCUCAAAGCUGCUGAGCAGGGUAAAACUAUCCAUGAAUGUGUUGUACAGUGGCAAGAAUAUCAGACAGCGCUAGAAGAAGUCUCUGAGUUUGUCACCAAUGCUGAGAAGGCUAUCCCAUCCUUGGUGGUUGAGACUGUUCCAAGUCAGCAACUCACUCAGGAUCUUCAACAUGCUAAGGUUGCUGUUGAAUCAGCAGAGAGUGCAGAGAGCAAGUUUGAUGUUGUAAAGAAAGUUGCUGUGUCAUUGAAAGAAAGAAUGGAGGAAGCAAAGAAGUCAGUUGGACAAGAACCAGACACUGUUCCUCAGGUUGAUCAAGACAUCAAGAAAGUUGAAGAAAAAAUUGGCUGUGUUCAGACAUCUGCAGUGGAAAUCCAACAUGGUAUAGAGAAGGAACUGGCUGAGCGAGAGAAGUUCAAAGCUGAGGUUGUUAAUGUUGCAGAGUUCUUAGAGACAUCGCAAGGAAAUGUACAAGCACUUGAUAGUACUAUUGGCCCAACACCAGCUGAUGUUGAACAUAAGAUAGAAGAGAAGAAGGAACUGCAAGAGGCUUUGAUAUCUAAGUUACACAUCUUGGAUGAACAAACACAAGUACAACAACAGCGAUACUCGGCAAAGGACGCUCCAGUACCUGAAGAAAUCAAAGUAGAACUUGAUAAACUAAAGUGUUUGGAGAGUGACAUCAAUGCUAAACUUGCUGACAAAGAUGAUACUUUAGUUAAAGCCAAAAAACUGAGAGAGAAUUUUGCACGUGAAUGUGACAUGACCGAGAAGCAGUUACAGCAGUCACAGGAGCAGGUUAACGAAGACAUUGUCAGUAUACCAGAAGAUGUACAAGGACAUAAGGAAGUAUGCCAAGAUAUUGACCAGAUCCAAGAAAUGGUGGAUGCUUUACAAGAGUAUGCACAGAUUAUCACUGAACAAACAGAAAAAGAAAAUGAGAAACAAGUUGUCGUGGCUACCAUUACAACUAUCCAAAACCAUUAUGCAGAGCUCAAACGCAGUGCUGAAUUGAAGACUGCUAAACUGGAGGAAGCCGAUAUCAUGUGGACUGACUACCAGGAAGCAACUGAGUUUGUUGGUGAAUGGUUAGAAAAAAGUAGGCCUGUGGUUACAGCUGGUAUUGUUGUUGACAAUCUUGAUGGCAUAAAGCACCAGCUUCAUUCACAUCAAGAGGUCCUCAUGAUUUCAGAUCCAGUGUUGCACAAAAUACAACUUCUCAAAUCAGCCACGGAUAAACUUAGUAAGAUUUAUAAUGCUGGAGAGCUUCAAGAGAGAGCAGCUGAUAUAUCAGAACAUGCCAUUGGAAUUGAAAAAGAGGCUAAACAACGGGCUAACAUCUUGAAUGAGAAAGCGAGAAAGUGGGAAGAAUGCGAAACUGGUGUUGUGAAACUAAAAGAAUGCAUUGAUCAUGUCAAGAAAGAACUUUUUGAUCCCAACUUGGAUGAUGAAGAACUUGUCCAUCAGCUGGAGAAACAUGAGGAAUUGUCUUCUGAAAUUGACAACUACAAAGAUAGACUGCAAGCUAUUAGAGCUAAGAAAAGAGAGAUCACUGCUACUGUUGAUACAGUUGAUGCUAGUCCACUUGAAGAUCCAUCCCAUGUAAAGAUGCAGGAAGAUAUAGUACAGAUUCAAGAUGCUAUAUCUGGUCACAAACAGAUGUUAAGAGAAGCUGUUGCUAAAAAGGAAGAGUAUUACAGUGAGGUUGAGAGACUGACAACAAAAGUGAAAGAGGCCCAAGAGAAACUGAAUGCCACUCCUGUGGCACCUACCAGUUUUGAUGGUCUGAAGAAACAAUUAGCAGAACAUACUGCUUUGAGAGCUGAAAUGGAGAGUUACAAGGAAGAGAUCAGGACCAUUAAUGAAAAAAGUGAGGAAUUAGAUGAUUUAGCUGCAGAAAGGGCUGCUGUGAGGAGAGCUGCUGCCGAGAAGUUUUUCCCAGGCAUGACUGAAGUUGUUGUUGCUGAAGUACAUCCUGGUGAUGAAGCCCUUUAUGCAGCUGAAGGUGUAACAGAGAUUGUGUCACCACAAACUGCAUCAAUACAAGAUCCAAAACAUCAACAACAGUCAAGCAAGGUUCAUCGGGCAGUGGAUGAGUACGGAAAACCAAUAUUCAGUGAACAGAAUAAUGUUGGUGUGCUUGGGCAUGAUCUGCCUUGUGGUGAAACAGCAGAACAGAGACAUCACUCUGGAGAUUUUAAACAUAUGGCUAAACCUGGGGAAAAACCCCUAACCGCAGUUGGAGAAUCAGUUAUCACAAAAGGUAAACUUAACUAUGCAGGUGGACAAUAUGAAGAAACCAAGGAUAUCUCUGAAACUUGUGAUGGAUCUUUGAAUGGAAGAUUCCCUUCAGUUAGUACUAUCGACUCUGGAAUUCAUUCUCCACCAAAUGGACAACCUGGGGAGUUAGUGGAGACUUUACCCAGCUCAUGGCAACCAGGUCAUGAAUCUCAAACAAUGUCAUUAGCAAAAAAUGCCCAUGUAGAUGCUGCCGUAGGAUUUGAGCAGGUAGAUGCACUUAAUACACAAGAAGACAAACGACACACAGCAGAGGAAGGUGUACAGACAGGCUUACAGUAUGCCAACCUUCAGCGCUCAGACAUGUUAAAUCCUGUUGUUGAUGCCAGUACAGAUUUAAAAGAAAAACUUGAAAUUGCUCAUUUGCAUGACAAAUCCUGGGAACGAUCAAGAGAAAAUAGUCCAGAAAGGCGAAAAGCCACUUUCAAAUCAGGUGAGGUGCAUGAAAUGCCUGAAGCUGAGCAUGCACAAAUUGUAACUGCUCCUAUGCAUGAAGGAGAUGUAGUGCAUGGUGUGAAAUCUGAGCUGCAUGCAGAAGCAAUGAAUGCAGUAUUGACAGAGCAAAGGGAAGAACUCAACAGUAAAAAGACCAAACCAGUAGAAGGAAAUAUGCCAAUAUUUGUCAAACCUGGAGUAGAGAAGCUGCCAAUUAUCAGACGAGAGAUGCCAGAUCCUGUCAUGCCUGUUAAAACUGACAUUCGACCAAAGAAUGCUGGAUGGCAAAAUGCUGAAGCUCUUGAUGUCAGACUACGGCCUGAUGAACAAACUGGUGAAACACCAUAUGAAAAGGAUCCUGCAAGUCCACGGAAAGUAAAAGAUGAGAAAGUUAGGGAGUUAGAAAAAGAGUUUGUUAAACUAGAAGAAAAGAUGGGUGAAAAGGGCAGUGAGCUGGAGUCAGCAUUUGACAGACAGAAAAAGUACCAACAAGUUCUAAUGGAGCUGACCUCAAGAAUGGAAUCUGCUCAAUCCAGACUCAGUUCUGUAGGUGAAAUAGAAGAUCCAGAUGAACAACUACGAGAAAUCCAGGAAAUAAUGAAGGAAAUAGCUGAUUUGAAAGAGUUUGCUGGUAUUGUUGGUGAGAAGGGCAGCAAAGUAAUGGAAGCGGGCGAUAUUCAAGGACAGCAAGCUAUGGAGGCAACACUUGGGAUACUUAAUGACACUCUAGCAACGUUGCAUGCACAGUCUGCAAGUAAACAUAAUGCAUUGGAGGGACAAAUACAUGAGAGAGAUGAUCAAAAGCGUCGCCUACAAGAAUAUCAAGCUCAACUACACGAAGUAGAAGAUUGGGUAACCCGAACCAUUCAGGAUUAUGAUUCCUUAGUCUCUUUUGAGGAUGGAGAACACGAUAUGGCUGACACUGAAGGCAACAUCAUAAAAAAUAAGCAAUUACAAGAAGAACUUGCUCAGAAAAUCCAACAGUUAGAUGAUGUAAUAGUCAAUCUAUCCUAUGAUCCAAACAGUCAAGCAGAGACUCUCCAGUCACAAGCUGAAUUGCUCGGGACUCGCAUGGAUGGUCUUAAAGAUGAACUUAGCAACAAUGAAGAGACUCUAAAAGCCAUCAGAACACGUGAGCGGAUUGCAGCUGAGUACAGGCAAGAUGUCCAUAACAUACAGAACUGGCAAAAACCAGGAAUUCCAACUAUAACAGUUACUCCAGAGCCAAGUCCUGAACUAUUGAGGCAGCAGGAACUAGAGCGUCAGAAACUAGAAGAAGAGCUGUCUGCACAUCAGGAAUUACUCAAAUCUGUAGCUAAACGUGCAGAGAAAAUAGUUGGACAUAAAGACGGUUCUGGCAAUGAGGUAGAAGGUGAUUAUGCAGAAAAUAAACUAAAGUGGGAGGAGCUAUCAAGACAGAUUGCGGAUCGAAAACAGCAGCUAGAAGAUAGCUUGAAGCACAGCAGAACUCAGGAAGGUUACGGUAGUGGUCCCUCACAACAAUAUAAAGCACAUAGACUUAUAGGGUAUGAUUUACCUGAAGAAGAGACUACAGCUGAAGAUCUGAAAAAUGUGUUAAGUUCCCUCAGUCAAUGCUGGGAUAAACUUCAAACUCAGGUGACAGACAAACAAACACGACUGGACCAAGCAUUUGAAUUUCAGCAACAAUACCAGGAUGCAUUGAUUUCCGUUUCUCAGUGGUUAGACACCGUACAGUGCAAACUCUUCUCCACAGACUGGAGUAAAGAUACAGAAGAACAAUUAGCAGAACAUGCAGUUUUAUGCACUGAAAUUCGAAACUUCCAAGACCAGAUUGGUUUCAUGAAUCAAGCUUGCCAAAUGAUUAUAACCGAAGCCGAUUCCAAAGAUAGAGCUCUGAUUAAACAGGCAUUGCAGGAUCUCACAGAUAGGUUGACAACUCUGGAAACUCGGGCACAAGGAAAAGAACAGGAUUUGGUAGAGAGAAACUUGCAAUACAAAGCAUAUCAGGACGAGAUUCGCCAGUUCCAUGGAUGGCUUAGCGAUACAAAACAAAUGUUAGAAGGCGAUAAAGAUAGGGAGGAUGAAGGGAAAGGCUCCCUGGAAGAGAGUUUAAUAUUCAACCAGAAACUUGAGGAUGAUAUUCAGAAAUAUGAAGCCAGGCUGAAGGAAAUCUCAGAAAGAGGUCAGUAUAUGCUGAGUCAAGAUCCUCGUCUCCAAAUGUCAACAGAAAUUAUCAAUCUCCGCAACAACUGGGAAGAUUUACAGAAACAGGCUAAUGUUCGAAGAAAUGAGCUGAACAAAGCCAGAUUGUUGCAAGAGCAGUACCAAAAGAUGAUGGAUGACUACGCCGAUUACCUGGAUACAGCCGAGGAGAAGUUGAAGAAUGAACAAAUAACAGUCUCAGAUCUGCAGGAUUUACAGGAACAACUUGCCAAAUACAGAGAUUUCUUCAGUGAUAUGGAGGGACAUCGAUUGGUGAUUGAAUCCCUGGCACUAAAGACAGACAAUGCCACUAGACAGAGAUAUGCUCCUCUACAAAUGAGUCUGUAUCAGCGUACUCAGGAACUUCAGGACAAAGCCAAUCAGAAAGGCCAUCAUUUAGAGAGGUUAGGACAGGAAUGGCAGCAGUUUGAGAAGAUGUACGGUGAAUUGAAUGGUUGGUUAGCACACAUGGAAUCUCAAUUUCCAAGGGAUACUAGAGAUGACAACAUGGAGGUGGUACAGCAGAAUGUACAUCGAUUCCAGGCAAUGAAGACGCUACUUGCUGACAAGCAGCCAUCUUUACAUCAAGUUAUCGACCGAGGACAGAAUCUCUUGAAGGAUGUCAACUGCCCAGCUCUAGAAUCCAGAUUAGCUGAUGUUGGUGAAAGGUGGUUGGAUCUCAAUGGUAAAGUUACCAGCAAACUGAAAGUUUUAGAACAACUGUUGGAUGCAUGGAAGGCAUUUGAAACUGGGUCGGUCGAAUUGAUGGGCUGGUUACAACGGUCAUUGGAGGAGUUGAACGAAUGGAGCAGUCGUGAAAACAUCCCAGAAAAGGGUCCAAUUGCAUAUCAACUAGAAAAAUUUAUGGAGUUCAGAAAAGAUGUGGAUAACCACUGUGUUAUUAAAGCUGCCGUGGUAAACAAUGGCACCCAACUACUUCGCCUGAAGAAAGCUGACAGCAAGCCAGUCAAAGAAAAGAUCAUUAUGAUAGAAAGCCAAUGGAAUGAACUGAUGUCUGAAAUCCCAGCUGUACAAGAUGAAUUACAUCAUUUGCAGAUGGAGAUGUUGCCAUCACGACAAGCACUGGCAGAAUUGAUAAUGUGGAUGGAUGGACUCCAGAGGGCGAUCAACAGAGAUGAUAUGAUAGAUUUCAGAGGGUCAAUUGAUGUUGAGAUUGACCUUCGGAAAUAUAAGGGUUACAAACUUGACUUACAGUCUAAGCAGUUGACAGUGGACUUCAUCAACCAGUCAAUUCUCCAAAUUAGUCAGGAUCACGAAAGCAAACGCAGUGACAAAACAGACUUUGCAGAAAAACUGGGCGUGCUUAACAUGAGGUGGCAGUCGUUGAAUAACCAGGUGAAUGAGCGACUGAAAAAUUUAGAGAUUUUACUGAAAGACUGGCAAGACUAUGAGAAGAGUGUAAAAGACUUGUUGAAGUGGUAUGAACAACAAGAAUGCAGGAUUAAGCGAUAUGAAGGGAAGAUUGGACAUGAAAUGGGUGUACAACAUGCACUGAAAGACUGUCAGGUUGUUGAAGAGCUGGUAGAAUCUAAGGAUCAUGAACUGGAAAUGAUGGAGAAAUCAGGUCUGAAUCUCACUUCAAGGGCUCAAGUACAGAGAACAAUUGACGAAAUCCAACAAGCUAAGCAGAAUUUAUUAGACAAAGGAUCCCAUUUACAAGGCACUCUUAUGUCAAUCUCAGAUGUGUGGAAACAAUAUAACGAAGCAUUGCUCGUUGUGACCAGGUGCCUAAGUGAAGCUGAAUACACGCUGGGUAAAUUCAGAACUAUUGGUGGUAGACUAGAUUCAUUCAGAUUGAGUCUCUACAAAGUCAAGCCACAGGAUUUAAAGAUCAUCAAGGGUCUCCAGACAGAGUUCAAGAACAGUCGUGUUCACUUAGCAACACUCAGCAAGUUAACCAACCAGCUGAUUCAAGUGUGUGAGCCGUCUGUUGGCAAUGGAUUAGAAAGAAAUAUCUCAGACAUCAGUACCAGGUGGAAGGCAAUUGAUGAGCAGAUGAGGGACACUCUGAACAUGUUUGAGCAAGCUUUGAUGCACUGGGAGAGAUAUGAAGAUGCGUACGGCAAAGUUGCAGAGUGGAUUGAAGAGAGAGAACGCAGAGUAGAAGACGUUUUAUUGGCUGCCGCCGAUAAAGACUGGGACGCUGAUAAAGAACAAGAGUUAGAAUCAGCUAAGGAAUUGCAAUUGGAACUGGACAGCUACCACUGUGUGUCUGGCUUAACAACAUUAAUAGAUCCACUUACAAGACACAUGGAUAGCACUACAAUUGUUACGAUAACUUCACAACAGAAAUCACUUCAACAGAAACUUGAUAACAUGAGACAUGCCGUAAAUAAACAAGUACAUAGCAUGGAGAAUUACAUUGUAGCGCAACGGAAGUUCCAAGAUGCAUUGCGAGCAUUAACAUUCUGGAUGGAGAAUAUGGAGGAAGUGAUCAGUAAAGAUGACCCCAAUAGGUCAUCCGAGGAGAACUCCAUUCGCGAUAGGAUGGAGGAAUUGAAGUCUGUAAUGCUUCAGUUUACGAACCACAAUACGCAGCUAGACUCACUCAAUGAGAUGGGUUACAAGCUAUCUUUAAACGACAGCAAUGCCGAGAAACUAACAAAUCUGAAUCACAAGUGGAAUACACUGUCCAAUCAGACAUCAGAGAAAUAUCGCAGCUUACAAGGUAUCUUGCUACAACAGCAAAGCUUUGCUCAGAAAUGCGACACCUGGAUGAUAUUCCUGGCGCAGACUGAGCGCAACCUGGCUGUUGACAUUGCUGGGAGUUAUGAACUAUUACUAGAACAGCAAAAAUUAUUUGAGUUAUUUGAAGCAGAUAUCUUCAAUCGACAACAGAUCUUAUUCUCUAUCAUAAGCGAUGGUCAAAAGAUGCUUCAGGAAGGAGAGGUAGAGGAUCAGGAAGAAUUCCAACACAAGUUAACGUUGCUGAGUGAGCAAUGGCAGAGCGUUGUGAAGCGAGCCAGUCAACGCAAAGAGGUUAUCGAUAGGGCAAUCAAAGACUGGCAAACAUACAGAAUGAUGUUGGAAAGAAUGAAUGAAUGGUUUGGUGAGAUGGAACAAGAAAUGAAAGGAUACGACUUCACAUGUCUCACAUUACAGAAACUGAAAAAUAUGCUGGAACAGGCUAAAACUACUCAAAAAGGAGUUGCUAUUCAGGAAGGCAACUACUUAACACUAAACGAAGCUGGCAAACAACUGAUGCGUAUGUCAGACAAAAUGGCUAAUGAGGUCAUCAAAAUGGAACUUACUGAUGCACAGAAACACUGGCACAGUAUUACAACAACACUCAAGAAACAAACACACAAACUAGAAGAUCUACUCGGACAGUGGAACAGCACAGAGGAAAAUAUUGAAGACUUGUUGUCAUGGUUACGGGACAUUAAAAAGAUGCUUACUGUUCCACUGCCAUAUCUGUAUGAAGAAUUACAGAGAGACCUUCAGAAAUGCAAGGAAUAUGAGAAUGCCUUUGAGACGUCCAAAGGCAAACUGAAAACACUAACAAACCAAGAACAUGAACUUGCUGGCACUAUCAAUCCAGAUGAUCUAUCAAUACUCAGGGAAAGAAUAUCAUUACUGGGAAAACAGUGGGAUGAGAUUCUACAGCAAACAACCAAUAAGAAACAGAGAAUCAUAGAUAAAAUACAUGAAUGGUCACAAUUCACAGAAAGAUAUAAGGAGUUCUCUGAUUGGUUGACACAAACGGAAGUCAAGGUGUCUCAGAAUGGAGAGAACAGUAUUGAAGACUUGCUGUCUAAACUUCUUAAUGAAUACAAGGAAGAAGUGAAAAUAGCAGCUGAAAAUAAACAGCAAUUGAUAGAAUUAGGAGAGAAAUUGAUAGCCGCCAGUAAUGAACUCAAAGCCAAUGAUAUAGAAUAUAAACUUGCCAAGUUAAGUGAUAGAUGGCAACAUUUGAUGGACCUCAUAGCAGCCAGAACCAAGAAGCUACAGGAGACAUUGACAGCUGUGCAACAACUUGAACAGAAUAUGAGUAACUUACGCCAGUGGCUUGGCCACAUUGAGAAAGAGAUCUCAACACCAGUAAUCUAUGAAUCAUGUGAUUCUGGUGAAAUACAGCACAAACUGCAACAACAACAGGAGUUGCAGAAAGACGUUGAAAGACACAGCACAGGUGUGGCUUCUGUAUUAAACCUUUGUGAAGUACUACUUCAUGAUUGUGAUGCCUGUUCCACAGAAAGUGAUUGUGAAGCUAUCCAAAAUGCAACUAGGACUCUUGAUCACAGGUGGCGAAACAUAUGUGCCCUAUCCAUGGAAAGGAGACUUAGUAUUGAAGAAACUUGGAGGCUUUGGCAGAAGUUUUUAGAUGAUUACACUAAGUUUGAGGAUUGGUUGGUAUCAGCCGAGAGAAUGGCCUCUAUUCCUAACUCUUCAGAUGCAUCAUUUGUAGUUAUAAAAGAAGAACUCAAAAGAUUUGAAUCAUUCCAACGUAAAGUACAUGAAAACCUAGCUCAGCUAGAGAUAAUAAACAAGCAAUACCGAAGACUUGCCAGGGAAGGCAGGACUGAUAGCGGUGACAAACUGAAAUCUAUGGUUCAUGAUGUGAAUAAUAGGUGGGAUAACCUAUCAAAGAGAUGCGGAGGUGUCAUCAAAAGACUUAAGUUUAUGAUGAAUCAAAGAGACGAGUUUGAAAGCGCAAGAGAAGGAUUGUUGGUCUGGUUGACUGAACUUGACCUUCAACUGACCAACGUUGAACAUUUCUCAGAGUCAGAUACAUCAGUCAAAGUCAGACAAAUGAAGGCAUUUCAACAUGAAAUUGACUUGAACAGAACAAGGCUUGACAACGUCAACAUGCUGGCUCAUUCUCUGAUGCAAAAGUGUGAUCCUGCUGAUGCAGCAUUUAUACAAGAAGAACUUGAUGAACUUCACAGAUACUGUGAUGAGGUGUACAACAGAGUGGGAAGAUACCAAAAAAGAUUACAAAGACUGUCAUUAUCACCGAGCGACAGUCUGAUGUCAUCAUUUGAUUAUACGUCCAGAGAAAGUAGUCCGGCCAGGUCCAGCAAAUCAAGCAGUCCCACCAGAUCUAGCUUAUACAGCAGAUCCAGUCUUAGUCCAGGUCGUAGGACACCAUCUGGCAGAAGAACGCCCUCCACAUGUGACAGCGCCAGAUCAGGUUCACCAUUCAGGACAAUGUCAGGAAGAGACACUCCAGCCAGUUUGGAUUCCUUGGACUGGGAUACCUAUCUGAUGGACACUGCGUCUAUAACAUCUGAUCCAGAAACACGCUGGCAAGCUAUGACUGAAUUCAGAUCUUCUGCAGUGUCUUCAGAGGGAGUCCGAAGAGCCGUGCAAGAGUGCGAGGAAAAAAUUGAUCAGAUGGAGGCUGCUCUAGAAAGGAGAAUGCCGACCGGUCCCGAUGCUGAAUAUGAAAGAGAAGAAUAUGAGUCACUAUUGGCUGACACCAAGGCUUGCAUUGCCAUUGUCAAAAGUCUUGCCCAGAGAUUAAGAGAUGAUCCAUCAUUAACACACCAAAUAACAACUAUUGUAAACCGAUGGGAAGUGAUGCAACCUGAUGUGGUUGAGAAGUAUCGUAGAAUGCGUAAAACACACCAAGAAUGGCAGCAAUUCAGAAGUGAUCUCUCUAAUAUAUGCAGCUGGUUAGAUGAAGCUGAGAACAUACUUAGUUCUCAGAUUGGACCUGGCGGUGAUAUUUACGACUUGGAAUCUACUAUCAGGCAACACAGGGAAUUUUUAAUGGGACUAGAUGCCCGAAAAGCGAUAGUGAUGUCUAUAAACUUAUGCAGUAAGAAAUUCACCUCUUCAGAAAUCAUGCAUGGUCCUGAAAUAAAAGAAAAGUUGAGCGUGAUGAAUCACCGAUGGGAGGCUGUGUGUUCGCGAGCGACAGAUUGGCAAAAAGAAUUGCAGUUUCAACUUAUGAGGUGUGAUGAGUUCCAUCAGACUACAAAUGACUUACUUGGCUGGCUGCAACGAACUGAAAAUGAAAUGAAUGAUAUGGAGCCUGUUGAGCUGGAUAUGGAUCAAGAUACACUGGUAGAGUGUUAUCGAACAUACAUGAGAAUCCGUCGAGAGCUUGAAGACUCACAUCCUAGAGUGAUGUCACUGAAGGAGACAGCUGAUCAACUACUAGUCAAUGCAGACACCAGAGAGUGGGAAUUGACCAAAGAUAAACUAAGUAUAAUUGUCAAUAAAGUCAACUCCUUAUUGAAGAGAUGUCGGGACAACUUAGAAUUUCUUAGCAAUGUCAUAGAUACAGGAGAAUUUGAUACGGAUGAUGAGAUUAGUGGUGCUAUGGGAAUGCCGAUGGAUACAAUAGACGGUAUGGGAGGAAGUUCACUACUACCAAUGAGAUCCAGUACUCCAUUGCUUGGGUCAGCAUUACCCAGGCAUUAUUCAGACAUAUCCACUACUACAAGGUUUGGGGAACCAGAACCAGAUAGAGCUGUACAGCAGCGGGGUGAAGGCGGCAACGUUCAUCGUAGGUCAGCUUUCUUGGUGCGUGUUUUCAGAGCGGCGCUUCCACUGCAAUUAAUGAUGCUGCUGCUACUUGGUGUUGCUUGUUUGGUCCCAAUGACUGAAGAUGAUUACAGUUGCGGACUGGCAAACAACUUUGCCAAUUCCUUCCAGACUAUGUUACAUUAUACGAAUGGACCACCGCCAAUUUAAAUAGUCACAGACUUAAAUACAAUACAGAGAUUUCAAGACGAAGAUUUGUAUUACAAAAUACAAACUGAUACCACCCACCUCUUUUGUUGAUACCAAUCCUGUUUUAAGCAGUGGAACUAAGAAAUUAGAUUACAGCUUGCAUAUUCAGAAAAGAAAAACAAAAACUUGGCCUGCAAUUCUGACAGCAAUGUUGUAACCUAAUUAUUGUAAUGAUAAAUUAAAUAAAUGUACAAAUUGGCGCUAUGUAAUAUACCUCAGCUGUAAAAUAAUAUUAUAGAAAAUAUAUAAUAUGUUUUAUACCUAAAAAUGACAGUAUGUUUUAGUUUGAAAAAUAGUUAAUAUCAGUAAUCAAUGAAUAGAUGUCACUAAUAAUGAGUCAAAUCACGGAUGAAUAAUGCAACCAAUCAAAGAAUUACUUUUUAAAAGCAACUAAAUUUUGUUUUAAAUGGCGUGUAUCUUUUUUUCGGAUGCAUUUUAGAUUUUGUGUCUCGUUCAUAUCAUUUUACUAUACUCACUGUAGAGAUAUCCUAUGUUCAUUGUUUAGUUAUCAUAUAUAAUUCCUUGUCUGGUCAAACCAGAGGGCGUGUUAUUUUCUAUAAAAUGAAUUUUUAUAAUUAUGAAUUAUCCAGGUACAAUUAAUUUAUGAGAUGUUUUUUUUUUAUAAAGUAUUAAAUGAGUGUAUCUGCAGUGUGAAAGACAGAAAUUGAAGUGAUCAUGAUUCUGAUUUAUAUACAAUAUAUUGAUGAUUUGUGUAUAUGGUUAUUUAAUGCAUGUGUAAAUUUUGAUGUUAAUUUCUAGAUAUCUAUAACACAGGAUGGGAAAUCAUCUUUUCAAAAACAAAUCUGAUACAGUUAUCAAUGGUAAGGUGUUUUAAGUUCUGUUUUUAAUACAACCCCCCCCCCCUCCCAUGUACAGUAAUAAAUAUUGUAAGUAUGUAAAUACAGACACCUAUCUGUAUAUACAAAAUGUAGAAACUAGAUGCAAAAUUGCACAAGCUUGUUUCUUUUUGUAUUUUCUUAUAUAUUUUUAGAGUAGCAGCACAAAGUACAUUUGAUUUGCAACAGCUUUUUUUUUAAUCAUUGUCUAUUUUUAUCACAGUUGUAUUUAUAUUAUUCACUGACAUAUUUUAACAUGAAUUGUGUUGUUGCAGAUUAAGGCUGGCUUCCUCAACAUGCACUGAGUUUUAUUUUGUACAUACUGUUUCUGUUGUACGUUUUAAUCACUGACAAUAAAAUUAUCUAUUUGUUGAAU